UUGGAGAGAACAAAAAAUUGACACUACUCAGUAUGAAGAAGAAAGAAAUAGUACUAUUAAUGAAGAUAGUAUACGAACGAUUGGGUGGGAUGAAAAUUCCAUAGAUAUAAAAGAAAGAUCAAUUGAAAUUGAAGCUGAAGAAAAUAAAGAAAACAAUGGUAAUUUUGAAUACUCAAACGAAAUUGCAUAUAGAGAAUGGGAACAAGAACAAGAUAUAGAUUCUAAUAGUAUGGAGGAUAUAGAAGAUGAA